AUGGCCUCCUCCGCCCUGGCCACCGCAGCCGAUACCUCAGCGUUCAGUGUCCGGUCGCUGUACCGGUCGCUGCUACGCGAGGGGAACAAGUUCGCAAACUACAAUUUCAGAAUGUACGCGAGGAGGAGAACGAGGGAUGCGUUCCACGAGCACCAGCACGAGAGGGAUCCAAGACGGAUACAGGAGUUUAUGCAGAAAGGAUUGAAGGAGUUGCAGAUGCUGAAGAGGCAGACGGUAGUAUCACAAUUCUACCAGCUGGACAGACUCGUGGUAGAAGGCGGAAAGACGGUAUGCACCCCAUUCUCUCUUAUCCCUCGUGGUCUCUUUCUUACUUGCGCAUCCAGGGCAAAGAAAUUGGCGACCAUGGUGGAAUCGUGA